UAAAGCAAACACCAUCGUCAUCAUCCCAAGUGUUUCCCCGUUCACCCCACCUUCUGAGAUGCAUUACAACUGUAAAUUCCAACCAUUUUCUGGUACAGAUGCUCAUGAAGAACACCUCCUACUACAGUCCAUUGCUUGGCCUGAAACUCCACCAUUACCAUCACCUGUGUCCAUGAACAGAACCAGUGAUCCAGCACACAGCACCUUCACCAUUCUUCCAGGGAGAGAAGGGGAACAGUGGCAUAUUGGGGAUAAGCUGGAGGUUCUGAUCAAAAUUCAUGACUUCCAGGGCCAUCCAAAGAAUUGUGGGGGAGAUGUCUUACUCGCUCGUCUGCACAACCCAACUCUUCAUGCAGGUGUGGCAGGGCAAAUCGUGGAUCAUCUCAAUGGCUCCUACUCUGCUUUUUUCUUUUUACUCUGGGAAGGAAGUGCACAGGUUGAGGUGACACUGGUUCACCCCAGUGAGGCAGUCACAGAACUUCGCAGACUGAACAUAGAACAGCCCGACAGGAUGUGCUUCGUGAGCCAGUUCCGCUCAGGCUCAGUUACUGAAACUACCAAAUGUCACGUAUGCUUGCGUCCAACCCAGCAGCCUGUGUGCAACUACACUGACCUCCAAACAGGUGAGCCGUGGUUCUGCUACAAGCCAAAGAAUCUGAGUUGUGAUGCCAGGAUCCUCCACUUAAGGGCUGGAUAUCAGCAAAUCACAGCAAUGGACCAGCUCUUUCAGAGAGGUGUCAAUAUGAAAGUCUCCAUUCCAGCUUCAGGACCUGCCGGUGUCACUGUUUUGCCCAAGAAGAAAGAUAAUUCAGAGGAGAGCAGCAAUAGUGUUGGACCUGGACCCUCUGGCUAUUACUACCAGGGUGUGUGGAGAGCACUAGAUGACACCACAGUUCAUCAAUUCAACACUCCAUCAGCCAUCACUCAGUGUCUGAAAGGAAAGGUGGUUCACUUGUAUGGAGACUCCACCAUCAGGCAGUGGUUUGAAUACUUUAUUGCAACAGUACGAGAUCUCAAGGAGUUUAACUUGAAUAGUGAGAAGAAAGUUGGACCUUUUAUGGCUCUGAACUAUGAAAACAACAUCAUUGUGACUUACCGUGUGCACGGGCCUCCUCUCCAUUUUACCAAAGUGCCAACCAGCGAGUUGCGUUAUAUUGCCAACGAGUUAGACAAUGUGACUGGAGGUAGAAACACCGUUGUAGUUAUUGGCAUCUGGGCACACUUCUGCACUUUCCCCACUGAGAUCUACAUCCGACGGUUGCAGAGCAUUCGGAGGGCAGUGGUGCGGCUUCUGUCCAGGGCUCCAGAUACACUGGUUGUUAUUCGGACUGGAAACCCCAAAGCUUUGAAACUUCAUGAAGUACUAACUAACAGCGACUGGUACUCACUGCAGAGAGACAAAGUGCUCAGAGCCAUGUUUGAAGGACUGAAUGUCAAUCUGGUGGAUGCCUGGGAGAUGGUCUUAGCCCAUCACCUGCCACAUCAGCUCCACCCACAAUUCCCCAUUAUUAAGAACAUGAUUAACGUUCUCUUGUCCUACAUAUGCCCUCAAAAGGAUGGCUAGAUUAUUAACAGGCCAGCCACAGAUGAGACUGACUACAUUCUUUUUUUUAGUACUAAUUCUGGGUGGCAAAAACAGCAAUCAUGUUUUUUCAUCAUGAACAUGAUGGAGUGCAGCUAUAGAAAGGGUGGGGUGGGUAUAUACUCUGCAUCAUUGGGUUAUCAAGCAGUAUUCCAUGAUGUACCGAAACUCCAUGUCCAUGCCAACUCUCACACGUACAAA